CGCCAGUGGGGGCGAGGAGGUGGCGGCCUUUCAGUUACUGUUCCUGGAAAUCUGCUGCAGCAAAAUUUCUCAAGAGCGUAACUCGUGUCUGCAAGACGUUUGUGUGCGUCUGUCAUAGUUACUGUUGGUGCCUCUGAGUUUAGAAUAUAGCUUAUGUUAUACACUGUGGUGGAUCGAUUGCAUGUAGGAUGACCCGCCGCUGUCUGGACGUCUGAAAGCCGGCCGCCAUGUCCCAGCUGCUCCACGUGGAGAUCCCCAACUUCGGCAGCACGGUGCUGGGCUCGCUGAACGAACAGCGCCUGCUGGGCCAGUACUGCGACGUGUCCAUCCUGGUCAAGGGGCAGGCCUUUAAGGCCCACCGGGCGGUGCUGGCCGCUAGCAGCCUUUACUUCCGCGAUCUUUUCAGCGCCAGCACCAAAGCCCAGUUUGAGCUGCCUUCAUCGGUUACUCCAGCCUGCUUCCAGCAGAUUCUGUCUUUCUGCUACACUGGGAAACUGACCAUGGCUGCUAGCGAACAGUUGGUGGUCAUGUAUACGGCUGGAUACUUGCAGAUCCAGCACAUUGUGGAAAGAGGAAUGGACCUCAUGUUUAAGGCUAAUUCGCCACAUUGCGAUUCGGCCACGGCUACCAUAGACGAACCAGGCUCCGAGCCACAGAGUCCCAGUAAUAAUCCUAACGGUAACCCCAGUAAUAAUCCGUUAUCCAUGCUUGGGCCUCCAGGCUGGUCACCUUCUCUAGUUGCCCCAGCCAGGAGGAUCAAGCUAGAGGGCAGCGAAACACCGCUAAACCUGCAGGGAGGUGCUAAAAGGAGCUCCAGAGAAGGAGCGACGCGAAGCGGCUCUCUUUUCUAUGCCGGAGGGGUGGGGUUUUACCCACCAGCCGUCCAGACGUAUCCCGUAACCCCUGGCGAACGCUCCAGCCCCGGGGCGUCCAGCCUGCCCACCACAGACAGCCCCACGUCAUACCAGAAUGAGGACGAAGAGUUUGAAGAAGAGCCCUACGACGGCAUCACGGAGGAGGCCUUCAGCCAAAUCUACGGCCGCACUGCUAACCCUUACGGAACAACGGAUAAGCCUGAGAUGGCAGCCGUUCCGCUGCCGCAGGAGAGCCGCCCCUGCGUCCUGCUGCGGCGAGACCUGGUGGCUCUGCCGGCCAGUUUAAUCAGCCAGAUCGGCUACCGCUGCCACCCCAAACUGUACACAGAAGGAGACCCCGGAGAGAAGCUGGAGCUGGUGGCAGGUACAGGGGUGUUCAUGACCAGAGGACAGCUGAUGAACUGCCACUUGUGCGCUGGCAUUAAACACAAGGUGCUACUGAGGAGACUGCUCGCAACCUUCUUCGACAGGAACACUCUGGCUAACAGCUGUGGAACUGGCAUCCGCUCCUCAACCAGUGACCCCAGCCGGAAACCUCUGGAUAGCCGAGUGCUAAACGCUGUCAAACUUUACUGUCAAAAUUUCGCCCCCAACUUCAAGGAGAGCGAAAUGAACGUAAUUGCUGCCGACAUGUGCACUAAUGCACGGCGUGUGCGGAAGCGCUGGCUACCCAAGAUCAAGUCCAUGCUGCCUGAUGGGAUGGAAGUGUACCGGGGGGCUGCGAGUUUAGGCCUGGGGGCUGCCAUGGCAGGUGUUCCGUUGACCUUUGAUCCUGAAUUUAAGCCUUUGACUCCGUCGGGCCUGGUUUUGGACCAGCGGCUGUUUGGAGAGCGGAAGGAUCCGGAAAGAACGCUGCAGCUGGAUGGAGACAGCCCAGAGCACCAGGAGGGUCCGGAGCCCGAGCUUUCAGGGGUCAGGGGCCAGGAGGGACCCGAGGACGAGGAAGAGGAGGAUGGAGUGUCAGCUGAAGGUGUGGAAGAGACGUUGGAGGCCACUCCAUUAAUCCUGGGUGCUGAUGGGGCGGUCCGCGGCCCACGGACCCUCGAGGGACAGCAGGAGGAGGAAUUUGUUGAAAGUCUGAGGAUAAACGGGCAGUGAAGUCCAAGCAACUCACCUGCACUCGUCUCUAUAGCGCCCCCUGCUGCUCUUUCUUGAAUAAACAAGCCACACUCGCAGUACAUAACGCCACCACGCUAACGUAAUUGGCCCCAGUACUGACCCAAGGGAUACACUGUAUUUUUUCUGUAUUUUAGUAUUUUCUUUGCUUUAAAGCCCUAUUUUGAAGUCUGGAUUAGUUUCAUUUUAAAGGGUACUAUAGUUUAUAUGAUUAACAGCAAAACUUGUGAUUUUAGUCCAGUAUGUGUAGUUUGACACUAAUUUACUUUAUGGUGGAGCAAAGCAUUUUUCAUAUCUUGUUGAUUUCUAUGGAUACAGGCAUCGGUACAGCAGAGAAGGUGCAGACAGCAAAAAAAGUUGAGCAUUUUCAAACUUUGUGGCACAUUUUGCCAGCUGGAGGCCAAUCAGAAAGAUAAGGUUUAUUGCAGUGCACUUCGUCAAGAUGAUUGUGAAGCUGCAGUGGAGGAAAAUAUGAAGUCCAAUCUUGAAUUAACAUUCAGCGAGAGAUUACAGAGAAUUACAUUAUUUGAAAUUUUUCAUUUCACCUGCAGUUUAUCAGGCCUUGGAACUAAUCCAGCUCCAAUAGGGCUUAAAACACCCACUUCAACUUAGCAAGGGCUUGUUAAGUAGCUAAUUGGUUGAAUCAGGUGUGUUAGAGCAAGGAAAAUGCUGAAAAACACCAAAACGUGAAAGGGCAGGGGUGCACCAGGACUAGGGCUGGGAUCUACUGCACUAACCUAUACAGCAGUGUGUGUUGGGUAAUGCAGGAUGGGUUUGAUAGGUAAACAAACACAGGCAUUGCUCUGUUCCAUUGAGAAAACAAAGAGGUUCACAGUUGUGCACACUUUUCUAAACCAUUUUAUUCAAAAAAGAACUCAAAUAUAUACAUAUCACUGCUGUCAGAACAAAACCUCAUAUAUCCAAAAUAAUAACUUUACAGGAGAAGGAAAAAAUAUACUUUACUUUUAAUGUAAGUCAA